AUGACGUCAGCCCACAGAGGCCUUACAGCGCUUCCUACCGCGCAAAACGCGGGACCCGGUGAAGCCUCUCGUUGUCCACGAGUUGUUUCAACCGCAUUCUGCGGUGCAAUGGAGAUUAAGUCCGCUUCCUCGAGUGUGGUAGGACGGCCGCUUUCAGUGGCUGUUUCCCGCGCUCGCAGCGGCCACAGACGAGGCGGCGCGUUGGCGACAACGUGCUCGUCGCAGAGCGUUUCGGAGAAAUUCGCAGAGCUUCGUGCGAAGAAUGAAGUGGCGCUUAUCCCCUUUAUAGUCGCGGGGGACCCCGAUAUGGGCACCACGGAGCGCGCGUUGAAGCUGCUGUGCGAAACGGGCGCUGACGUCAUCGAGCUGGGCGUCCCCUACUCGGACCCGCUCGCUGACGGGCCCGUUAUCCAGGCAUCAGCCACCCGAGCCCUGGCGAACCGCACGGACUUGCAGUCAGUCAUUGACCUCCUCACGCGGGUCACCCCCUCCCUCAGCGCGCCCAUCGUCCUCUUCACCUACUACAACCCCAUCAUGAAGCGCGGCGCCAAUAAGUUUAUGGGGGAGAUUAAAGCUGCCGGGGCAGCAGGCAUAGUGGUGCCGGACGUGCCUCUGGAGGAGACUUCCGUGCUGCGGGAACUGGCAACUGCUAACGGGCUCGAGCUGGUGCUGCUAACAACGCCCACCACCCCCACAGAGCGAAUGGGAGCCAUUGCUGACGUCACCCAAGGCUUCCUCUACCUUGUGAGUCUAACGGGAGUGACGGGCGAGCGGGCGGCAGUGCAGGGGCGGGUGGAGCAGCUGCUAAAGGACAUCAAGGCCACCACAGACAAGCCUGUCGCUGUGGGAUUCGGCAUCUCUGCCCCUGAGCAUGCUGAGCAGGUGGUUUCAUGGGGAGCAGACGGGGUAAUCGUGGGGUCAGCGCUGGUGAAGCUGCUAGGGGGCAGUGAGACGGCUGAGGAAGGGCUGGCAAAGGUCGGUGCUCUAAUGCGGUCGCUCAAAGCAGCAACAGCUAAGAAUCUGCAGACGGCUUAG